AUCAUGUAUACCCCUUCUAUUUAUUUAUACAUAUAUGACAAGCACGAGUAGAAUACUUCCGAUUCUCCUUAUAUAAAGACUAGUUUUCUUCUUUAUAUUCCUCCAUGCUUCUUUUACCUUUUGAACUACAAUUGUUGAUUUUAGACUAUAUCAAACAAGACAAUCACCUUGAUUUAGGCCCAUUAGCACAAACAUGCACCUAUUAUGCUACUAUUGUGGGUGAUCGAUUCAAUUGGAAACAAACUGUCACUGUGUUACAGAACAAACAAUCAUCCUCAGAUUACCUUAUUUAUGCACUCAGACACUCCACACUCUGCACCAGACGAUUACAGGCCAUAGUAGACACACCUCAUAUGGUAUGUCGUAUUCUUGAGAGACAACAAUCAGAAAAGACAAUGAAUGCAUUGAUUGUCAUGAUACCAUUCCUAUCUCAUACAGACCUAUUCAACACACUGAGUCAUUUUCCUCAAACAAGUCUAUCCCAUAUCAGUAUUCGUGAUUCAAUGCAUGAUGGGGAUACUAUUCAAGAUCAACAGCCCAUAUUGACAGAAUUCCUUUUGAGGACACUGUACCCAUCCCAAUCAACACUCAAAAUCCUUGAUAUCCCUUCAUUCCCUUCCCACCUACUCAGACACGCCUUAUUUCCCGCUGUACAUUCCUUACAUAUCGCAUUGACUGGUCCAGAACAAGACUUUUGGAGACAGUUUAAACAAAUGUUUCCUAACCUCAUUGAGCUAAAAUUAACUCUGGAUAAAUCCCAUGUGCCACUAUUCAAAUCAUUACUUCAAGAUAUCGCCUUAUUUCCAUGGAUAAAGCGUCUUUCUGUCACUAGUCUAGAAUCACCUAAACAUUACCUCUCUCGUCAAGAACUAAAAGCGAGUCUAUUGCAACUACAAGGGCUGAAUCGAAUCACUGCUGGUUGGGAUAUGAUUGCUCUCUAGAUUUAAUAAACAUAUAAAAAAGAAGUUUUUUUUU